AUGAUUACCCCCAAUCAUGGCUUCUCUCUUACCACUCUUUUUGUUUUCCUCGUCUUUCUUUUCACGGGAGACGCAUGGGCCAGGAGUCCUCCCCUGAAUGCCCGAUCUGCCAUCCCCAAUACCCCGGCACCACCUGCGGCCCUGACCAAGCGUUCCACUGGCUGGCAAGCCUACGUGGAGAAGGGAAGGGACCUGGCCUGUGCGACUGAGAUGUCCGACGCAAUGGCUGAAAUCUACUUCGGAGGCAGGAGUGUGGUCGCAACCUACACCACCCGCGCACAGCUCACCGCGAACGGCUGGACCCUGAACCCCAACCCGGACCGCGCCUUGGACGAGAAGUUCGAGCAGUACGUGGGCGAGGAGCUCCUGACAGAGCUGGACCUGGACAUUACCAACAAUGUCCCGGUAGAUUGGAAGCACACGGUGGAGAUCGACGACACGCAUCCGGCCACUAAAGCAAGCUAUCAGUGCUGGUAUAACCUGCCGGCAGGCGCAAUCAUCGUUGAUCUGGCGUGGAGCCCAGCCUUCAAGGUGCAAGAGAUGGUGGCCCAGUACCAAGCCGAUCUCGAGGAGGAUCCUGACGAGGACUGGGAGAAUCCCUGGCCGACAGGUUCUGAGCUCCCCAGCCUCCGGCAGCUCUCGGACGUGAUGUGGAUCGAGUGGGCGGCACGGACCAGCGCCAGCAACGUGGAGGCGAGCUCGUUGAAGUACAUCUUCCAGAUGAACGUGGUGAAUGUGGCAACACGGCAGGUGAUCGAGCAGGCCAUGAAUAAUGUUCCUGCUAAGGACUGGGUUGGCUACACCGACUUCGACACCAAUUCGGAAGCCGGGUACGCCCUGCUGGGAUCUCCCAACGGUGGUGCUCAGGCCUGGCUUCUAAUCAACCACAAGAGCGCUCUGGGCGCUGACCAGAGCGAUGAGAACGAUAUCACCGGCCUGAAGACCAUUUCAAAAAUCCGCAUCUGGACUAACGAUUUCCUCUGCUAUGUAUUUGAUCUCGACACGGAUGACGAUGAUCCAAAGUCCGGCUACGUACCUUGCUAUCAUAUGCUGUUCUUCGUGGACACGUACUCUGGACCGGAUUAUAUGGACCUAUCCUGA